UGUUGCACUGGUGAUACAUCGCACUGCCAAGAGCCAGCAAAGAUGUGCAUGUAAAAGAACAUUUUGAACAAGAUUUUGCCGACAUUUCGAUAUAUAGCUGAAUCGUGCCAUGGUAACCCUACCAAGUCAUACUAAAGCAACAUAAAAGUAGAGAUAUCUUGUACAUCUUCCCUGACGACAGCGUUUCCUUGAAAUCACAGGACUUGUCGAUGCAUUAUUAAUAGGCUGUCCAUGGUGCCUAAUGGCCCGAGGCAUCCAAAGCACUGAGUCAAGGAGCAACUAUAAUGGAGCCCAGUAAAAUUAGACGUGUAGAUGCAUUCGAAAAAUCCUAUACACCAAAUGGCCAAAAUACGAGAGUUGCAGCGCCAAAUUCACCAGGAACAAUGAGCCAAAGGUACCAAAGGUUUCGGAGCAGCUUACAGGAGUACGGAAACAGUGCUUCGUUCCACGGCCUUCGGUUCGUGACUGACCCGCUGGCCAACAAACCAAGAAGACUGAUCUGGCUCUGUUUGCUGACGGCAUGCCUCGCUGUUCUUGUGUAUCAGAUAGUGGACCGUGUCACACACUUUUAUUCCUACCCAGUCACAGUUAAUGUAAAAGUCAACUAUAACACGACACUACAGUUUCCGGCUGUCACAAUUUGCAACCAAAAUGCAUUCAAAGCAACAUUGUCUGCUACCUUAAGUAGAUACAGACUUAUUGAAGAAAUGUAUACGGAGCCUGAAACCUUUAACCAGGACCGACUCCGUGAAUUUUCAGCUGAGAACAUCUCUCUCGCUGAUCUGUAUUUAGAAUCUGCACACAGAAAGGAAGACUUUAUUUUCAGAAGUGUGUGGAAAGGCCACCCUGUAGCAGACUCCGAUAUACACGAGCUGGUGACAGACCACGGAGUCUGUUAUACCUUCAAAAACACGGGCCUGGAUGGAUUCGUCACAUCUCCGGGUGUUGAAAAUGGAUUGCGUUUGACGUUGAACAUUGAACAGUAUGAAUACAUGCCUGGCCCCCAUGAUGCCGCCGGAAUCAAGAUGCUGCUCCACGACAGAGAUGAAAUCCCUCGCGUCCACGCCCUCGGGCAAGCUAUUCCCCCGGGCGCCCAUGUGUUUGUGGGCGUCAAGAUAGUAGAGGUAACAAACCUCCCCCUACCCCACGGAAGCUGUCUGGACAAGACCUUGGAGUACUCGGACGUGUACACGACCGAGGCCUGUCAGCUAGACUGUCUAACCAGGAGGGCGGGGCAAAUCUGUGGCUGUCGAUCUUUAUUCAUGCCUCAAAAAAAUGGAUAUCCUCCCAUCUGUACGUUAGACGCAUUUUAUGGCUGCCUUCAAAAUGUACUCGAAUCCUUUCCAGCCGAAUCAGCCGAUCUCUGCGAUUGCCCUGUACCCUGUUAUUUCAGGCUCUACGAAACAGACAUUUCGUAUGCAAGUACAUCGGCGUACACACUAAACAAACUAUUAGGUGAAGAUGAUAAGAACAAUUUAACUGAAAAGUUGUUGAGAGCUUCAGAAGUCACGUCUCGAUACGAGCUCAACAAGUUUUCAAAAAUUCAGAAAUUGAAUGAUCGUUUGAAACGUAAUAUGAACGAAUUAAGAGAAAAAGUUACAGUCAAUUUGAAAGAGACCGUCAGUAGUGCAAUAGUGGCUGUAAACGAUAGGUACCAAGAAAUCGAGGAGCAUUACAACUGGAAAGAAUACCUGUACAGAUAUCAAGCGUACAUCAUGGAGAAAAAUUUUAUGCGUCCAAGAGAUGCAUAUGAGGAGCGCACAUUUCAUAUUGUGGCUUUGGGCUAUGCUGAAUACAUAAUGAAAAUAGAGAGUAGAAUCCGCAGACUUGCCAAUGGCAACAUCGUCGACGCUUCGUCAAGACAGGUUCUUUUUGAUGAUACCUUAGACUUACUUAGUAGUAGACGAAAGAUAGUAGAAACUGCUUUGGUGAAUUUCACAACAUUAAUAGAAGCAUACGACACUGGUAUACAGAUUUUCAAUUACAAGUUUUUUAGUACUCCAAGAUCACAUAACAUACCUGCGGCUCCGAAGCCGCUUAUUAAGGAAUCGAGAGUUCAUAAUUCUUACGCUAAAAAGUAUGGAAAACGUUUCGGCACGUACCUUAACCGGACAAUUAACAUUCUCAAUUUUUGCCAAUCUGUGGUCGAGGAGGCUUUUUACAACAAAACCCUAGACGAAGGAAACAUGACAGAAUGUCGCGAGACUUUCCGUUUCCUAAUGCGGAACUGGGUGUUUGCUAGAAGCGUAUUCUACUUCGAAACAAUAGACUGGCCACUGAAACAAAUCGAAGAAAGGCUAAAAAAUUUUGACAUACUGUGGAACGAAUUAAAAACAGUUUAUGAGAAUCUCGACAUAAGUUUAGCCUCCUUAAAAUCCGAAAUAGAGGUGUUUGAAAAGAGUACAUUUGUCGAGAUGGAAGACAUCCAUGAUGCCAUCGAAGGAUACCUGAAUGAUACUGUUACGAAAGCAAAUGUCUCGGACAUUUUCACCUCAACUAACUUUCGACACUUAACUACAAGCUUCGAUCAGUUUUUCCAGCACGUCCGUUCCAAGGAAUCUUCGGUAUCUGACUGGAUACAGCAGUUGGCCAAAGACGCUUUCGAAAUUUUAAAAGUUAUCGUUAAUGAUGAAGACUCAUGGGAAUAUUAUAAUUUCACCGGGAAGACGCAUUAUUUAGGCAAUAUCUCAGAAAUUGGACAAAAUUUAGGAGAAAACUUUACUUUUGUAGCCGAAUUAAUGCACUUUUCUGAUUUUAUAAAUGGAACUGAUUCGAAUAUCUUAUCAACUUAUAAUGACAUCGUGCAAGGAAUGACAGAAUAUAAAGAGUCCCUGAAAAUCGACAGCAGUUUUAUAAAGGAUAAUUUUUUGAAUGUUGACAUUUUCUACCGUCAAAUGAGCUAUGAAGAAAUCCACCAACAAAAAGCAUAUGAAAUGUUUUCCCUCUGGUGUGACAUAGGAGGAACAAUGGGUCUUUUCUUGGGAGCUAGUUUUUUGUCUGUUGUAGAAAUUGUGGAUUUUAUCUUUACUCAUUUAACGUUUGCAAAAACCCCAAAAGAAGACCAAGUGAAGAGGAUUUAUCUUUGAAAGUGAAAAUAGCGUCAAUCAUUGCACAUAAAUAAAAAUUGAUAUAACGAUCUUUAUUGCAUGACGGUAAACCAAAUUUUUUUUUAAAUAAAUGCAUUGAAACUAAGAUCUGAAUAUGAUAU